AACUUAAAGUUUGCCCCCAUUUACCAAAUCAAGAACUCUUUGGAUUGAAACGAAACUUAUCAUAUGGAGUGUGUUGUUCAAGGAAUCAUCGAAACACAGCAUGUUGAAGCCCUUGAGAUUCUUCUUCAAGGCCUCUGUGGAGUCCCAAGGGACCAUUUAAAGGUUCAUGAGUUAUGCCUAAAAAGUGGCCCCAAUCUAGGUUCUGAAGCAUCAGAGGUUCGACUUUUAUGUGAUCUCCAGCAAUCUGAGCCCUCUUGGACCGUUCGACAUGUUGGGGGUUCAAUGAGAGGUGCUGGUGCAGACCAAAUUUCUGUCCUGGUGAGGACUAUGGUAGAAAGCAAAGUGAGCAAAAAUGUGCUUCGUUUGUUUUAUUUGCUUGGCUACAAGUUAGACCAUGAGCUACUGAGAGUGGGGUUUGCUUUCACUUUCACUUUCCAAAGGGGUGCUCAGAUAACCGUUACAGUGUCCUCGGUUAGUAAGAUGCUAAAGUUGCAUGCCAUUGAUGACACUGUACCCGUAACACCAGGCAUGCAAGUGGUUGAAGUGACUGCACCAGCGUCAGCUGAAAACUACAGUGAAGUUGCAGCAGCAGUAUCUUUAUUUUGUGAAUAUCUUGCACCGUUGCUGCAUUUGUCAAAACCUGGAGUUUCAACUGGAGUUGUUCCAACAGCUGCUGCAGCUGCUGCAUCUCUCAUGUCAUACAGUGGAAAUACAAAUAUGUAGGCACCGUGCACAACCCGAAAAUAGGUGUUUUCAGGACCAACUGCUUUGGAAGUUAUGUUGUCACUGGAAUCUGGAGGCUUCUUACACUUUUGUUUAUGGCCCCUCAACUACUCGAGGUGUUUGAAUUUCACAUAUAUAUUCAUGGAAAUUUUGUAUAAUUUUAGGUAAAGAUAUUAUGUAGUUGCAUUGUUAAUUAUUUUUUUUUCAAAUGGAAAACUAUCAUCAGGGACGAAGCUUUCAAGAGGCCUAGUCCCCUGUUUUUUUGCUUAGUAGUGUAGUUUGAUUCGUACUCGUAAUUUGUUCGAAAUUUUUAUUUUUCUUAAA